ACUUUCGUCUGGAAGAAGAGGUGGAAGGGGAGGGGGCAACUAUCUAAAAACAGAUCUGGACUAAGACAACGACCUGCCAUACCCAAUAUAACUGUUCUCCUCCCAGACACCGCCCAACUGAACCACUGCUCCGGGGGAGUGGCCCACUCGACCACCACCCCUCCAACCCCCGCGCCUGGCCACGCCUCCCCGCGCUCCUCCUCAAUCCACCCCCCGCAGUCCCCCCCCCCCCCUACCCCCCCUCCUCCUCGCCCAGCCCAGCCUGCCGUCGCCAUGACGUCGGAGCUGGAGAGUAGUUUGACCUCCAUGGAUUGGCUGCCUCAGCUGACCAUGCGGGCGGCCAUCCAGAAGGCGGACGCCCAGGGGGCCCACGGGCCGGGCCUGGGCAAGAAGAGUGCCCUGCUGGACCCCAACACCACCCUGGACCAGGAGGAGGUCCAGCAGCACAAGGACGGCAAGCCGCCCUACAGCUACGCCAGCCUCAUCACCUUCGCCAUCAACAGCUCGCCAAAGAAGAAGAUGACGCUGAGCGAGAUCUACCAGUGGAUCUGCGACAACUUCCCUUACUACAGAGAGGCGGGCAGCGGCUGGAAGGUAAGGGGGGGGGGUGGUAAUUUGGUCGAAAACAAAAGCUUGUUUAAUCCACGGCCUAAACUUGACUGCUGCGUGAGGGAUGUCUUAAUAAACAGCAUCGGACUUGAGAACAGAGUUGGUUCUCCUCCCUCCAACAUGGACGCUGCUGUACUGUGUGAAAAGCAGCCUGGGUCUGUGUUCAUGUCAUUGUAUGGAGUUAUAACUCACUCUCCCACUUCCUCUGUCUCUCUCUCUCUGUCUCUCUCUCUCUCUCAGGGCUCCUACUGGGCCAUAGACACCAACCCAAAGGAGGACACCUUACCCACUCGGCCAAAGAAGAGGCCGCGCUCCGGAGAAAGGGCUUCCACACCAUACAGCCUGGAGUCAGAGUCUCUGGGGAUGGACUGUAUGAUAUCUGGAAGUGCCUCGCCAACGCUGGCUAUCAACACUGUGACUAACAAGGUGGCGCUGUACAACCCGGACCAGGACGGCAGCGACAGCCCCAGAAGCAGCCUUAACAACAGCAUGUCUGACCAGAGUCUGGCCUCCGUCAACCUCAACAGUGUGGGCAGCGUGCACAGCUACACCCCGGUGAGCAGCCACCCAGAGCCCGUGUCCCAGGCCCUGAGCCUGCAGCAGCCGCCCCAGCCCCAGUACAACAUGCCAGAGAGGGACAAGCAGCUCCUCUUCUCCGACUUUGAAGAUCUCAGUGCCUCCUUCCGCAGCCUGUACAAGUCUGUCUUUGAGCAGUCCUUCAGCCAACAGGGUCUGAUGGGCAUGCCCUCGGAGCCGUCCCAGCAGACCCACACCUCCUGCUCCUACCAGAACUCCCCCAGCGGCACCAUCAUCUCCCAGAACAGCCUGGCUAACAACCACCCCAACAACCACCCCAACAGCCACCCCAACAGCCACCCCAACAGCCACCCCAACAGCCACCCCAACAACCACCCCAACAGCACAGGCCAGCUGCCCCUCUCCCACCCCCCCCAGGGCCACCCGGGCCACGGCUCGCCCCACACGCAGCACCUCCCCCAGCAGGGCCAACACGGCCCCCACCAACACAACCAACACAACCAGCACGCCCAACACAGCCAGCACGCCCAGCACAGUCAACACAGCCAGCACCCUCACCCGCAGCACGGCCAACACCCGCAGCACGGCGCGCACCCCCAGCACCCGCAGCACCCGUCGCAGCACCCGUCCCACGGCCCUCACACGCAGCCCCACCCCUCGCAGCACGCCCAGCAGCACACCACGCACCCUUCCCAGCAUGCCCAGCAGCACCAGAGUCUGUCCCACCAGCCCCACCCUGCCCAGCAACAGAUGACCUGCAACACGGGUGUUCCCUCCGACUGGUAUCCCACCAACCUGGACGCACUGAAGGAGAGCUGCCGCAUCGCCAGCAGCUAUAACUGGGCUGAUGUUGACCUCUCCCCCUUCCAAGGUCUGAAGGAGAGCAUGAGACAAGCGGAGCUCAACAACUGGUCCCUGGAGCCCACCCAGAUCGCUGACCUCUGCUCCUCCAUCAACCAGUUCUUCACCCGCACCGGGGUCAUCCAGCCACAGGGGGCGGUGCAGCCUGCCGUCUGCCACAGCUCCAUGCACCCCAACAAGCCCGCUCAGCACAUCACCACAGGUCAGCUAGCCGGUAACCUCUACAUGGACUCCAGACAGAGCAUGUCUAUGAUGGGUCCUCCUGGUUACCCUCAUAUGCCCCCCAUGAGCAACGCAGGGGCCACCAUGACAGGUCACCACGCUCAGAUGAACCAGCAGCACAUGAUCGUUCCCAGAAACUUCCCGAUGCAGCGCAUGCCCGCCGACGACAUCCAGGACGACUUUGACUGGGACUCUAUCGUGUAGCUUCACUCGUGCCCCCGGGAUGGCAGCGCGGGGCGGAGGAGGAGAGGAGCAGGCCCUGGAGGAGAGGAGCCAGGCCAAGCUAGACACCCACCGCGGAAGGGAGGUGGGCUGGGACGCAGAAGAAAUGGAGGGGCGAAAGAGAGACUUCAGAGUCCAGACAUUUUUACAAACAAAACAGAAAAAAAACGUUAACAAAAAAAAAAAACGUGCAAAAAAAGAAAUGUUACUUUGAAGACAAUCAUAUUUAGUCUGACAUGUUUUAAGUGACGGCUCGCCGUCUUGUCUGGAGACAAACGGCACAUGUUCAUGUCUAAAUCCCACUCUCCUCAUCCUCCUCUCCAGCCCUCCGCUUUCUCUCCCCUCCUCUCCUCCCCUCUCUUGCUCUCCCCCCCUCCCCCAACCCUUUUGCCAGCCCAGCCAGCAGCCUCCCAAAGCCCCACCCCCCUCCCCCCAUCAUCCCUUCAUCCCAGUCCCUAACUGUUGUGUGAUCUGACCGAUGUGUUGGCCUUGUAAUCCUUCUCGUGUUGACUUGGGCCUCAGCUGCCUCUUGGAUCAGUUUGUCUCUUCCUUGUUUUUGGAGUUUUUCGUUUUUUUUUGUUUUUUUUGUUUUGGUGACGCAGGUCUCAUCAAAGAGGGUCGUUGAUGGUAGGGGACGGUGCUUGUUGGCCUCUGGGCGGUGAGAGGUCAGGUUUCCAGUCACGGAGAGGUACACACAGGGUGUUUUUAGCAUUGAACCAGACUUGAGGUGUCAAUCACAGAGAUGCUGCAUCAGAGAACUGGUAUUCAUCUCCAGUCCUAAUUGCCCAUCCUGUAUGGUUUCUCACUGUUGGACUAGUUAUGUCUGUUCAGCAACUGUACCUGCAGUAUUUGUGAUGUGUGUCCACUCCAACUAUACAGUGGGACCUGUACGUAAAGCAGAUUUGAUCUGCUCAAUCACUCUAUUGAAGGGCCUACUGUGACGGACCAACAAAAACCAUUCAACGAUGUGAUGUGAUUCACACAGAUCAGUCUGUAUCAUGUCCUCGAAAACUGGCUCCUUAUCUCCCUAGACGUGACUCGGUCUAAAGAAGGCAGACGAUACGCAAAUAUACGAUCAGAACAGAAGUGGGAUGUGUGUGUGUGUGUGUGUGUCUGUGUGUGUGAGUACUGUUUUGUGAGUGUUUUUCUUGUAACUUAGGGGUAAGAUCGAUUGCUGUGGUGAUCUAUGAGCACAACAAAACCAGAGGCACAAAGCGUGGUGAGAUCUGGGAGCGCGGAGACGCCCCCCCAGAGAGGAGAGUCCUCAGGAGGGGAUUAGGUGUGAGAGCACUGCUGCUCCAGUCUCCCUCCCUCCUGUCCUCUCUCUUAGUCAGCCAGACUGCUUCUCCUUACGAUUUAUAGACUUAGUACAUUUAAUUACCCCCCCCCCCCAACAGUUUUAUUUCAACUAUAUAGGGAAGCCACCUAUUCAGUUGAAGGAUUUGAUUCCCCGCCCCUAGAUACAAAUUUAAACGUUGAACGUUGAUUAUUAUUUCUUUCGUUUUUCUAUGUACCUAUUCCUGUGACAAUCAUGCCAUUUUUGAUUUUAUGUGAUAUCGCUGGGCCUUUUGAUAGCUUGGAUUCCAGUCAGGUAUCUUUUAAGACUCCUACAUUUUUAAGCAGCGACUUCCUCUUAUAGCAGGAUAUGAUGUCGAACCGAAAGAGGCGGAACUAGUCCUUUUCACCAUACUGACAUUCAAUAGGCUUUUAUCUUCUGUUGAGCCGUCGACACAGGCCCCCUGUCACUCCAGCCCCCUUUCUUUUAACGGUUAUUUUUCCAUUCGAGUCUUUUAGUAUAAACGUUUUAUCGGUUUGUUUAACCCCUUUGAUAUAUUUCUCUCAUCGUCUGGUUCAGCCCAGACUUAGCUUGCCCUCUGUGCUUCUUCUUCUUUGGCUUCUAGUGACGGCUGGGAUGUGCCACAUGGCCUAGUCAGUGCUCAGCGUCUGUGGAAAAGCUAGAGCAGCUCGGAAGGUGAUUUGAAAGAUACAGAGUCGGGUGUUCAGUCAGGAUAUGGCAAGACUGUGCAUCCCCAGAGGUCGUGGCGGUGUGGGAGCAGCGGUGUUCCUCCCUGGGAGGGUCCAGUGUGUCAGGUCAGGCUUGGGAACGCCUCUCGGCCACGACAGCCCAGGGAGCCCGGCUGGUGGGGGGAAGCUGGCUGCAGAACGGCGCUUUAUCAAGUCUAAACACUAGAGGGCUGUUCACUCCGCCUCCUUGGAAAUGGCCGGGCUGGCUAGUGCAAAGGGAGGUGAUUGGAAGAUAGAAACUGACAGUUGAAUCACAA